AUGAAUAAAGGAGCUCUUGCACCUAAACUCAAGCUCUCUCUUCCUCCUACUGAUGAAGCUUCUCUCUCUAAAUUUCUAACUGAAUCAGGGACAUUUAAGGAUGGUGAUCUGCUGGUUAACAGAGACGGAGUUCGUAUUGUUUCGCAGAAUGAAGUUGACGCUCCAGCGCUUAUACAGCCAUCAGAUAACCAGUUGAGCUUAGCCGACUUUGACGCAGUUCAAGUUAUCGGUAAGGGCAACGGUGGAAUAGUGCGGUUGGUGCAACAUAAAUGGACUGGGCAAUUUUUUGCUCUGAAGGUUAUUCAAAUGAAUAUUGAAGAGUCUGCUCGCAAGCAUAUUGCACAAGAACUGAAAAUUAAUCAGUCAUCCCAAUGUCCAUAUGUUGUGGUUUGCUAUCAAUCUUUCUAUGAUAAUGGUGCGGUCUCCAUAAUCUUGGAGUACAUGGAUGGUGGAUCCCUUGCAGAUUUUUUGAAGAAGGUCCAUAAAAUUCCAGAACCAUGUCUUGCUGCAAUCUGUAAGCAGGUACUCAAGGGCUUAUGGUAUCUUCACCAUGAAAAACAUAUUAUCCACAGGGAUUUGAAACCUUCGAAUUUGCUGAUAAACCACAGAGGUGAAGUCAAGAUCACCGACUUUGGUGUGAGUGCGAUACUGGCAAGCACAUCUGGUCUGGCCAAUACCUUUGUUGGCACAUACAACUAUAUGUCUCCAGAGAGAAUCAGUGGAGGCAACUAUGGUUACAGAAGUGACAUAUGGAGCUUGGGUUUAGUUUUCCUCGAGUGUGCAACUGGUCAAUUCCCAUACUCCCCACCACAGCAAGGGGGAUGGGUUAAUGUCUAUGAGCUGAUGGAGGCAAUUGUUGACCAACCUGCACCACGUGCUCCUGAUGAUCUAUUUUCUCCAGAGUUCUGUUCAUUUAUUUCUGCAUGUGUGCAGAAAGAACCAAAGGAUAGACUGUCAGCAAACGAACUAAUGGUGCACCCUUUCAUCACAAAGUAUGAAAAUCUUGAUAUUGAUCUUGCUUCGUACUUCAACAGUGCAUCAACCUCACCUGCCAUGAGUUGA